AGAGGCUAUAGGCGGGGUGGGAAAAAACGGGAGCACGAUCUCACGAGAAAGAAUGAGAUUUACCGAUUAUUGUUUACAUUGUUAAAAAAAGAUAACCGAACCGAAUCAAUCCGGAUUGACCUGAAUUUAUCGGAACACGAUCACUUCCGCAGCGGAACACGGGACCCUCGAUAGAUGGGUUGUAUCUUGCGUGUUUGCUAUACAUACUUUAUAGCGGUUGCUCUGUGAUACAGGUUUAGACUCACCUCGAAAAACAACAAAAAACCUAAUCGUUUUCUGCAGCCCAUCCCAAAUGAAAUAGGCGAGAGGACGGAGUUUAUUUUGUAUAGUGUGAGUAAAGAGAGCAGUCGGGUUUUCCUCAGAAGGAAAAGUAAAUACCCCGGAGCUGCCCGCGCAGGGUUAGCGGUAAAGCGGGGUCGGGAAAGCCCGAGGAUUUCUAGGCCGCAGCGAGAGUCCCCGCCACCUCUCAGGAUCAGGGCCGCGGUGGCUGUAUCGAGCAACCUGUGCUGUGUUUUGGAGCCCUGCAAAGGCAAAGGACGGGGAUUGGGACGAGGCCUCGUUGGGAGUGUCGGGGGUAGCUGAGGAGGGCCGCAGGAGGCUCGGAGUCGACUCCCAGCGAGUUACCCUGACCCCCGGGGCCCGAGAAAAACUACACCGCCGCAGAAAUGAUGGAAGAAUUGCACAGCCUGGACCCUAGGCGGCAGGAGCUGUUGGAAGCCAGGUUCACAGGGGUUGGGGUCACCAAGGGAUCAGGUAAUAAUGAGUCUUCCAACCAGAGUCUGUGCAGCGUGGGAUCUCUCAGUGACAAGGAGCUAGAGACACCUGAGAAAAAAUCCAAUGAUCAGAGGAAUCGGAAACGAAAAGGAGAUCCAUAUGACACCAGUCAAGGGAAAUGUGGAACAAGAGGGCAUAAAAUUAGCGAUUACUUUGAGUUUGCGGGUGGCAGUGGCCCUGGUACCAGCCCCGGUAGGAGUGUCCCACCAGUGGCACGCUCUUCUCCUCAACAUUCCUUAUCUAACCCCCCCGCCUCGGUCCAGCAGGGCAGUCCAUCAUCUACAGGCUCUGCCAACACUGACCAUUCCUCCAGCUCCCAGAAGCCCAUCUCCACUCUGCAUAAAGCAACACAGUCGGACCUCACAAUUGAAAAGCUUAAAGCUUUGGAAAACAACAAGAACUCUGAUCUGGAGAAAAAAGAGGGAAGAAUAGAUGACUUAUUGCGGGCAAACUGUGAUCUACGACGGCAGAUUGAUGAGCAACAGAAGAUGCUGGAAAAGUACAAGGAACGGUUAAACAAGUGUGUGACCAUGAGCAAAAAGCUACUAAUUGAGAAGUCCAAACAGGAAAAAAUGGCAUGUCGAGACAAGAGCAUGCAGGACCGUUUGAGACUUGGGCAUUUCACCACAGUGCGGCACGGAGCCUCUUUCACAGAGCAGUGGACUGAUGGAUACGCCUUUCAGAACCUCAUCAAACAACAGGAGCGAAUAAACACCCAGCGUGAAGAAAUCGAGAGGCAGCGGAAAAUGUUGGCAAAACGGAAACCUCCAGCCAUGGGCCAGACGCCACCACCCAACCUGGAGCAGAAUAAACGCAAAAACAAGGCCAAUGGUGCUGAGAGUGAAACGUUAACGCUUGCCGAAUACCAUGAGCAAGAGGAGAUUUUUAAGUUGAGGCUUGGACACCUCAAAAAGGAAGAAGCUGAGAUACAGGCAGAGCUGGAACGGUUAGAGAGAGUACGAAACCUGCACAUUCGGGAGCUCAAAAGGAUACACAAUGAAGAUAAUUCUCAGUUCAAAGAUCACCCGACAUUAAAUGACAGAUACCUGUUACUACAUUUGCUAGGAAGAGGCGGGUUCAGUGAGGUCUAUAAGGCCUUUGACCUUACAGAACAGAGAUAUGUCGCUGUUAAAAUUCACCAGUUAAACAAGAACUGGAGAGACGAAAAGAAAGAAAACUACCACAAACAUGCCUGCAGGGAAUACAGAAUCCACAAAGAGCUGGACCAUCCUCGAAUAGUCAAGCUCUAUGACUAUUUCUCACUCGACACAGACUCGUUUUGUACAGUUUUGGAGUACUGUGAGGGGAACGACUUGGAUUUCUACUUGAAACAGCACAAGCUAAUGACCGAGAAGGAGGCUCGUUCCAUCAUCAUGCAAAUUGUUAACGCACUAAAGUACCUCAAUGAGAUCAAGCCCCCCAUCAUUCACUAUGACCUCAAACCAGGUAAUAUUCUCCUUGUCAACGGGACGGCAUGUGGGGAGAUUAAAAUCACAGAUUUUGGUUUGUCCAAGAUAAUGGAUGAUGACAGCUAUAACUCAGUGGAUGGCAUGGAACUGACAUCACAAGGCGCUGGAACCUACUGGUAUCUUCCCCCUGAGUGUUUUGUGGUGGGGAAAGAGCCUCCAAAGAUCUCCAACAAGGUGGAUGUUUGGUCAGUGGGUGUCAUCUUCUACCAGUGUCUGUAUGGGAGGAAGCCUUUUGGUCACAACCAGUCACAACAAGACAUUCUUCAGGAGAACACCAUUCUGAAGGCCACAGAAGUACAGUUUCCACCUAAACCAGUAAUCUCCCCAGAAGCAAAGGCAUUCAUCCGCCGCUGUCUAGCAUAUAGAAAAGAGGACAGGAUAGAUGUCUUACAGCUGGCGAGUGAUCCUUACUUGAUGCCUCAUAUCCGCAAGUCUGUGGCCACUACUGGCACCCCAGGGAGCGCCAUCCCAUCCACGUCAAGUUCCUCCAAUAGCAGUGCCUCAAACUGAUUGGCUGGCACCUGCAGCUGCACACCUGAAGAAGUCCCUAGUACAAAUUUGAGAUUUAAAACGGAGAAAGAAAUGGAAGAACAGAGAAGGCCAGGACCGUGAGAACGGGAGGCAGAAUUUCUGGCCCAGUGUUACUUUCCGAGAGCCUUUUCCGUGGGAUACCGUGCUGAAAGCAGCAUGACUGCCUUGCUGUGAGAAGCACAGGAAAGAUAAAUCGAUAGAUGUCGAAGCACUGGGGUGAAACAGAAACACAUGAAAUACAGAGCUACAAACCGAAUUUAGAGGAUUUUUUUAAAUAAGUCAGAACUGUCAACAACUAAGGCCCUACCCAAACAGCACUUGUAGAGCUGAUAACUGUACUUGGAUGACAUUUCAAAGCUUUUGUUCUGUGAGAGUGUGUAAGUGCUCAGAAAGCAGCAAAGGCCCCGACAGGAUGUAAGUUAGUUGAGCUUUUUCUAAACCAUGCCCUCGUCAUAUUGUAGCCACAUCAUAACUUUAUGGUGAUCACAGGCUGGUUUUUCACUUUCUCCUAUAAUAAUCCUUAUCUGUCUGAGCUUGAUAAGAGGGAUGCUCAGUUUUCUCUUCCCUAACCCUAGUCUGAUACUACUUGGUGGUAGUUCCACUUUAAUUUUAAGAGUUUGUGGACUCAAGACUAAAAAAGGCAAAGGAGGGAAGAGAGGGUCAUUGCAUUUUAGCAGGUUAUACUUGUAUGUUGUUUUUUAGUUGUUUUUAACAUUUUAACAGAAAUGAAAACUGGAAUUAAUUUGUUUUUAUUAUUUUUAGGUUAUGUGUUUUUCUUAAUAUCCCUGUUUUUUAUCCAUGAGGGGCUUGAAUUUCAGUAUGUUGUAUGAGGAGGAGGGAGGGCCUUAGAGUAAAAUUGCAUAUAAACCAUUAAAUAUUGUUAAAAAAU